AUGAUCACGGACGUACAAUUAGCCGUAUUCUGCAACAUUCUGGGAGUUGCGCUAUUUUUCUUAGUAUUUCUUUUCCACUACAUAAAUGCCAAUUAUUCGAAAUAAGGGGAAAGAAGCAGAAAAUUAUCAUUCAAGGAUUACUUAAUGUAACAUAACCUAUGUUAUUGGAUUGACAACAUGUUGAAUGCUUAAAGAGAACUGAAAUAGAGUUGCAGGCUUUUGCUUAACAUAUAACAUGUGUGUGAUCCAAACUUUAAAUAAUUUACCAUACGUGGAAAAACAAAUUUUGUAUAUCUUUUCUUAUGUGUGAAAAUGUAGAUUUUCUAAUUUAAUUAAUUAAAAAUGCAAUGAAUUAUACAAGCUAA